AUGUCAAAACCCUCUCUCUACGGCCAAAAACCUUCAAAACAGCAAGCCAAAUCAACUCCGUCCUCCUCAACCCUCGCCUUCACAACAACGCUCUCGUCCCUAAUCGCCUCGGGCACCUCCAGCGACCGCAGCCAAGGCCGCCCACGACCCUCUAAAGCCCCGAAAUCAGACCUCUUCUCACGGCCCAACAAAGGCGCUCAGAAGCGCGCAGCCGCUGAUCUCCGCGAUGACGACACAACCGUCCGGCAAGUCCACCAGUCCUCGAAGGAUAUCGGCUCUGUAGAUGAAGCGACGCUGCACCGCUCGAAGAGGCGCAUGGAAGAGAAGGCGAAGCAGUAUGAGGACUUGAAAAAGGGACUAUACCUUGCAGGGGGGAGCGACAGUGAAGACGAAGGGCAACAAGGCGGAGAUGCGUAUCUUUCACGAUUACGCAGGAAGGAGAGGGAGGGCUUGGUUGAUUUUGACAAGAAGUGGGCCGAUGAGCGGGAGAAGCAUUCGGGCUCGGACUCGGACUCCGAGCAAGAAGACAACGACAACGCUUCAAUAGUCUCCUACGAAGACGAACUCGGACGUACGCGCCGCGGAACAAGGAAGGAAGCUGCGCGGGCGGCGAAAGAGAAAGCUGCUGCCGAGGGAGAUGCGCAGGAUGCCGAGCGCUGGCGACCAUCUCGACCGGAGAACCUCAUCUACGGCGUCACAGUGCAGAGUGAGGCAUUCCGGCCCACGGAUAUAGCAGCCGAGCAGAUGGCGUACCUUGCGAAACGGCGUGAUCGCUCGCCGACGCCGGACGAAGUACACUACGAUGCGGAUGCGGAAGUUCGGAAUCGGGGAACGGGGUUCUAUGCAUUUUCAAAGGAUGAGGAGGUGCGCAAAAAGCAGAUGGAGGAGUUAUUGAAUGCGAGAGUUGAGACGGAGAAGGAGAGGGAUGCCAGGAGGGAAAGGCGCGUUGAGAGGGAGAGGGUCAAGGACGAGAGGCGCAAGGAAAUCGAGAAGCUGAGGGCGAAGAGACGCGCGGAGAUGUUUUUGUCUGGGUUGGGAGAUAUUGAUAUUGGAGUUUCAGGAUAA